AACCAGCUUACGAAAAAAUUGUAACAGGAUAUUCACUUUAUCAUCACAAACAACAAUUUUUAUGUGAUCAUGGUGGCGUUUUACCAGAAUUUUCUAUAGCAUAUGAAACCUGGGGUGAAUUGAACGAAAAUAAGGAUAACGCGAUUUUAAUCCAAACUGGUUUAUCUGGAAGUAGUCAUGCUAAAAGCCAUGAAAAAAAUGUUAAUCCAGGGUGGUGGGAGCGAUUCAUCGGUCCUGGUCUUUCUAUUGAUACGAACAAAUUUUAUGUUAUUUGUACUAAUGUGAUUGGAGGUUGUUAUGGAUCAACUGGUCCCUCCUCAAUUGAUCCAUCUGAUGACGAACGAUACGCGACUAGAUUUCCUAUUUUGACUAUAUUUGAUAUGGUGCGGGCGCAGUUUUUAUUAUUGGAUCAUUUAGGAAUAAAUAAGCUGCAUGCUUGUGUAGGAAGCAGUAUGGGUGGAAUGCAGUCAUUGGCAUCUGCAUGGUUAUAUCCUGAACGCAUUUCUCGCUUAAUUAGCAUAUCAGCAUGUGCAAGAUCACAUCCAUAUUCUAUUGCAAUUAGACACACACAACGGCAGGUAUUGAUGUCUGAUCCUAAUUGGAACAAAGGAUUUUAUUAUAAAUCUAUACCUCCACAUAUAGGAAUGAAGUUGGCCCGUGAAAUCGCCACGAUUAGCUACCGAUCAGGGCCUGAAUGGGAACAGCGGUUUGGCAGAAAACGCGAACGAGAGGAUCAAUCGCCUGCUCUUUGUCCUGACUUUUUAAUAGAAACUUAUCUUGAUUAUCAGGGUGAACGUUUUUGCCUGCAAUAUGAUCCGAAUUCGCUUCUUUAUAUAUCAAAGGCAAUGGACCUUUUUGACAUGUCCUCCUCAUCAUUGGAGAAACUCAUUAAACAGCGAGAGGUUAAUAUUGAGAGACUGCAAACUUAUGGAUUUAUUCCUGAAUCACAGACUGAUCCAUCAUGCUAUGCUAAUGCAUCACAACAAACACCUGCCUCAAAAUCUACAUCAUCGUCAUCUUCAAAAAAACAACAUAUUUCGUCUUUAUCAUUAACAAGUGGCGAAAAUAUUGACGACCUUGUUAAAGGACUCUCUAAAAUUCAAAUACCAACGUUAGUUUUAGGUGUCCAAUCUGAUAUAUUGUUUGCUUAUUGGCAACAAAGAGAAAUUGCUGAUUGUUUAAGAAAGGGCGGAAACAAAUAUGUCACUUAUUAUGAACUGGAUUCUAUGUAUGGGCAUGAUACAUUUUUGAUAGAUUUGACUAAUGUUGGUGGCGCGAUUAAAGGACAUUUGGAACUUGGUGGUUAA